CAGUCGCGUCCACCGUCGAAUAAACACCGCAGUGACAGUGAAUAUUGACCCGCGUGAAAUAAAAACAAUGCGUGGUCACAGUUGAGGAAGUUGACAAUUUUAUUGUGACGUGCGAAGCGGCCCUCUAAUAUUGUUCUUUUUUGUGAAUACGGAUUUUAGUGCUCACUUAAUAUGACGGUGCCAUCGAUUCCCCAAAUACUCACGGAACUGAAGAUGACACAGGAUGACCAGCAGCCCAAAAAAUGUUCCGUUUACGUAUGGUGGGUGGAUUCCUGGAGAGGAAUCCUGUCAGAAUUUAUAUCCACGAUGAUGCUCGUACUAUUUGGCUGCAUGACUUGUUUGCCCAUGGAAGGAAUUAACUUAACCAUAUACCCACCCUUCGGAUUUGGUUUCGUAGUCUUGUUCAACAUUCAAAUCUUCGGACACAUUUCUGGAGCAUACAUGAACCCGGCGGUGACUUUAGCAACAGUAAUCUGGGGAAGUAAGUCCAUACCUAUUGCUAUUUUGUAUGUACUAGCCCAGUGUGCGGGUGCAGUACUUGGCUAUGGGAUCUUAGUAGCACUAUCUCCUUUUGACUUGGAAGUUGAUAGCGUGUGUGUGACAAUGCCAUUCUCCGGUUUAACCGACCUGCAAGCGGUGGGAGUUGAAGCAGCGUUAACCGCAGCACUUAUUUUGAUUAACUGUGGUCUGUGGGAUCCAGCACAUGCGAAUAAACAAGACAGCGCCCCGAUAAAGUUCGGAUUAACAAUUGUUGGACUUGGUCUCGUGGGAGGACCACUGACUGGGGCAAGCAUGAACCCUGCGAGGACUCUCGGACCAGCUGUUUGGACUGGCAGGUGGAUUAGACAUUGGGUAUACUGGGUUGGACCACUUAUCGGAAGUUUCUUUUCAGUUCUGUUCUACAAAAAAGUGUUUUUGAAGAAAUACGAAUAAAUGAUAAGUGUGGUAUUUAACAAAUAGAUACUAUAGAAGUAUCAAAAGCUGAUCAUCUAAAGCUAGAUACGAAGUAUUGGACGUAAGUUUUGUAUUCAUAUGUUACCCAGUAUAUAGCUGCUACCUACAUAUGUAUAUCUACAUAAACAUGUAGUGGCUGCUGUUGGUUUUGAAUGGCGUAUUCGCCCAUACAUUGUACAAACAAAGUAUAAACUAUCGAUGUAUCGGUGACUGAUAAUAUUCGGACAUCACAAUACCCAAGGUCAAACAAAAUAAUUACCAGUAGUUUCUAUAAAGUUUUGAAAGACUUAACGAGGUUUGACUUAACGGGUUCAUUACAUUGCUUUCAAUACCUCGUGUCUAGGCAAAAACUAUUUAUUACAAAUGUAUAAAUAAAUAAUUUAUUAUCAGUAUUUAUCUCAAAGUGUAAAAUUAUUUAGUACGUUUAGUUUUAAGGACGAUUUUGUAUAGAUUAGAUAAUAAUUUAUAGUCAUUUAAAUACUCUUGCAGUGGAUAGCCUGGUUUAUGUAAAUUACAGUUAUAUUAUAACAUAAUUUAUUAAUCUUCAUCCAACUUAGUAGAGUUUCUAUUUAAAUCAAUUGUGCGAAAUAAUUUUUGCCUUAUCAACGUUAUUUCUUCUGUUCAUUUAGCGUGAAAGUGGCUAUUUGUCCUUAAUUGGUUAUUGAUGAUUUCUAAUAAAAUAGAGUGUUAAUUAGAUUUCCCGUAGGAAAUAAUGUCGUUGGAAUUCUAAUGAUAAUUAAAUGGCAAAACCAUUGACGUACCAGUCCAGUUUCUCUUGGGGACAAUUGAACAAAAAAGAUACUAGGGAGGAAAGAUCAAAGGUCUUGGUCAAGUCUUGCAUUGCAGUAAAUUCAAGUAAAUUAAGACUUACAUUUAAUUCUUAUGGGAAUAAACGUAUCCCAAACCUCAUUUUAGGCAACUUCUGAGUAAUUUUGAGGUAUACAAAAUAGUAAUAAGAUACGAGUAAAUGCAAUAAAAAUGGGCAAACAAUUGAUUUUUGUUAAAUAUCUCAGUAAGAAAGCAAAAACAAAUAUCUUAUGAACUAAAAGACUGUAAUACAUAUUACGCAUUUACUUCACAGAUCACUAAAGUGUAGACUUACUAAUGAAUAAUGAAUCUACAUUACAUUACAUUUUUUUAUGCAUAUUUCUUAUCGUAUUUUUUUCUUUUCUGUUACACACUGUGUCUUAUGUUUCAAUUACAUUUCCUGUCUCAGGUCUACUGGAAGAAAUUCUAACAGGAAUAUGUAGCACAUUUGUACUCUUAUUUUAUAUAUACAUAAAUUAUUAAAUAAAUACAUUUAUUUAAUAUGUGUAAUAGAUAUUUUAUGUCCGCAAAUACGAUUUUUUACUUACCUACCUGUAUUUUCGUCGACAUAACAUGAUAUACAGGUAUUUUGCCAACAUUUGUAUUGCAGUCAUAUUGUAUAUGGGACUCAGUUUAGUAUCUUGGACGCCAAUCUGCGUCGAUGACCUUAAAAACAAGGAAAAUACAAGCGUAUACACGUAUUGCAUACCUAACCAGCCACAGUUAAAACCUGUUAUGUGCCUAAAUAAUCUUUAACUAGUAAUUUUAUGUGAAGUCAACGACACUUGACUAUGUACUUCAAUUUUUAUACAUAUGUAUCUGGCCUAUAUAAUUAUAUAUGUAUGUAUGUGUUCAUAGCUAUAUAUAGAAGAAAAAGUAACUGUUCGCUUUCACUCCCUAUGUUCAUAAUGCUUAGAUCUUUAAAAUUACGCAAUGAAUUUUGAUGUAGUUUUGUAAUAAGAAGAGUGAUGCAAGAAGGUUUAUACAUGAAAUACCACGCAUGAGAAACCGGGAGCGGAAAACUAGUGUAAUUAUAAUGUAUAGUUGUUUAACAACGGUCGAUGUGGCAAAAAAGGUCUAGAAUUUUGCGCAGUGUUCCCGCGCCUCAACGAGCCAUCAGACUACAACAAAUAAGCCAAUCAGGGCUGAUGCCCUAUCCAGAGCUGUAGACAACUUAACGUUGUUUAAAGCAAGAAUAGGAACGUGAUGGUUUUUAGUCAGGAAGAGUCUGACACUCGCUUCACCCAAGGAGGACGAAGUGGUCAGACGACCUGAAAAAGGUACAGGGAGUCGCUGAAUGUGGAAUUGCUUCCAACUGAUAGAUCUAGAAUUCAUUGGAGAAGGCCUACGCUUAGCAUUAGACUCUUUAGGCUAAUGUGAUGCUGAUGAUGAACUUAUUUUGUAACAAUAAUUUUGUGUUUGUUCUAGUGUGCUAUUGAUUGUAGUAUUGCAAUCGAAUAGUUAUACAAUGCUAUGUAAAUGUUUCAAUAUUCGAUAGAGUCCGUUAAAUAAUUCUACUAUAAACUACAUUUAAAAAACCCGACUUCAAAAUCGUCUUUUUUGAAGUAGGUUUAUUUGUAUACUAAAACUUUCUCCUAAUAGUAAAAACUGCAUCAAAAUCGGUUCGAGAUAAUCGUGCAUAAACCGACCUACCUAUAUACCUACAAGUCAAACACAUAACCUCUUUUUUUUAAGUCGGUUAAAGAACAGAUGUUUUUUGUUAGCCACACGAAUUAUAAAUUGUGUAAUUGCGUUAAUUCAGAAUCUGAUUGUCGCAUUUUCGUCUAAUCUACCUACACGCUGUCGUACUGGUAUUUUACCUACAAAUUAUGGUGAAGGCAGUUUUACUUUUAUUUUAACUUUUACAUUUAAAACAAGUUUUUAUACAUAUGUUUUGUAAACUCGUUUCGAAUAAAAACAUAAGUGAAUGUCAAUAUUUUAUUCUGUCGGUUAAAUUAUCGAGAAUUAAAGUUUCCGGGUUUCGCCUUUGCUAAUUAUACGAGUAAGAUAUUCAAAAAUCAUUCAUAUGCAGUGGUCAUAUAGUUCCUUUUAAAUUACAUAACAUAUUUAUUUAUGUAUAUGUACUGAAGUAAGAAUUUACUAUUUUUAAUCCACUUUCACACCGUGGAUGUUAUCUGGAAAUGUAAUUUGUAUCGUCAUCAAAGUCAUUGCAAUAUCAACUUUAAUGAUGGUGUUAUAAAUCAUUACCAUUCCAAUAAUGAGAAUUUCUACUCACUCCCCUUCGAUAACUAACUCAAUCACAUUUUGCCACGUCUUCCUUUGCUAUGGUGCAAUAUGUAAAAAAACAUUUUUGUUGUCUAAAAUAUGAAUAAUUUUUAAUGAGAUCGUUAAUAAAAAUAAAAUAAUGAAACUAUGUAACUAAAGAAUUAUAUAAAUUGUGAACCUGAUUAAAAUGAAAGUAAGGAUUUUCUUGCUCGUCCAUCUUCAUAUGAAUCUACACAUUGGAAUGAGCAAAUAGCUUCAGUUUUAAUUUUUUUUGACGUUCAAAAGUACCUUCG